CUUGGACAUACCAAUUACCAGGCAAUAGCCAAAAUGAUCCAGUCUAGUGUCACUCAAAGUAUGCAUGCCAACCUCUCCUGUGUACCUUCUAAAUGCCAACCCUGUGUUAUCAGUAAACAGACAAAGAUGCCAGUACCAAAGACAUAUGAG